AUGUGUGGCCGCUACUCCCUGGGUGUUCCGCAUGCCGAGGUACAACAAUUACAUGGAUACAAUGUUCAUGUCGGUGAAUGGGUCGGACAAGAUGACUUUGUACCCAGACACAAUAUUGCACCUCGUUCUCAGGCGCCUGUUUUACGUCGAAGGGAGCCCAAUGAACUCGAAGAAGCCGGAGAGGAUACCUCGUCUGCCCCCUUGAUUCUCCAAACUAUGAAAUGGGGACUCGUUCCUCAUUGGUCAAAACACGAGGACAAGUCCAUGAAUACGACAAAUGCUCGAUCUGAGAACCUUGUCGAGCGUGGUGGUAUGUGGGCAAGCAUUAAGGGCAGAAAGCGUUGCGCUGUUGUAUGUGAGGGGUAUUUUGAAUGGUUAAAGAAGGGGAAGAACCGUUUUCCCCAUUUUACAAAGCACAAAAGUGGCAACUUGAUGCUCCUUGCUGGUCUUUACGACCGCGCGGUACUUGAAGGUACCGUCGUUGAUCUUCAUCGUUCCAGGCAUCGCUCAAGAAGCUUAGAUGAGACGCGCGCUCUAUGGACGUUCACGAUUGUCACCACCGUUGCUAACAAAGAGUUUGAAUGGCUGCAUGAUCGGCAGCCCGUGAUCUUAUCGACUCUCGGGGCUCUGAACACAUGGCUUGAUACUUCGUCGUUACAAUGGACGCCUGCCUUGACAAAACUUGUGGACCCUUAUAACGACUCCAAUUCGCCCUUGCUAUGUUAUCAGGUACCUAAGGAAGUCGGCAAGGUUGGGACCGAGUCGCCCACCUUCGUGCAACCCAUCUCAGAACGGAAGGAUGGUAUACAGGCCAUGUUUGCGAAACAGAAGGAUACAUCAAGUCAAGUCUCGCGAAAGCGGCGUAGGGGCGAGAAGCCACCAAAGAAAAAUACAGAGUCUGUGAAGGAUGCGGCAGAUGCAAGCUCAAGCAUGCAGAAGGUCAAUGUGUGGGAGGACGACUCCGAAGUGGAAUAUAUUGGAACCACCAGGCCAUCAACGCCGAAGAUUGCAGCUUCGGAGAAGCCAAAUAUCGAUGGUGAUGGCGAGGUGUCAACUUCAUCUCCCAUCAAGCGUCCCCGUGUAAAGGGCAGAUCUGCAAAGGCAAAUCUUACCCUUCGGAGUGGAGCUGCUGGUCCACCCCAGGGUUCAAACAAAAUCACGUCUUUCUUUGCCAAGACUUAA